AUGUAUCGCAUAAAGGUUCCACCCUCAACGUACAGUCAAUGUGACAUGCCGUUAUUGGUUCCCGAACGAAUCAAAAGCUCAAAAGUUCUGUACGAUUCUCUGUUAUCUGAGCUCGAACUGCUGCUUAGACAAUAUCAAAUCCCAGGAGAUGACCUUAAACACGAUGAAAAGAUAUAUUUCACUUUGCAAAAAUUGAUUAGAUGUAAAGUACCGAGGCUUGCUAAGGCUUCCAGUAAUUCAAGUCAAUAUGCUGCUGUCUUUAAGGACACGUUUGUUGAAGAUCUCUGGUCACUUCUUAGCAAAUUGAUAAAUGAACAGGUGGACGAGGAAGAUUUCACGAAUAUAGAAUGGUUAACAAACUUAUGUGAGUUAGAAGAUGCUUACAAAAAGAUACAGGGCAAGGUGAACUCUUUGCAAUAUUACACCAAGGCUUUUCUCCGGAACCUUCCAAAUAGUUUGGAAAAUAUCUCCUGCCGAUCAUUAGAAGGCUACGCAACGUUAGUCUUUUUCUCAAGAAUAGCAAAUCGAUUGCACUCGCAACUACGACAAACUAUCGAAUCGUUUAUAGUCGAAGCGUUAGAAUCACGUACAACAUCCCAGUUCAGUUUGGUCAAGAACAUUAUCAGGUACGAUAUUCCAAUUGAUAAAUCGUCAGUGUUGGGGCUUUUUGAAGAAACCACUAAUCGCAUAAUUAACUCCUUUACUUAUAGUUCUGACCACUUCAAAAGAGUCGACAGUCUUCAAAAACAAAUCAUAUACUACUGUUCCGAAUAUCAAAUAUUAUGUCAAAAUUUAAGCAUCAAUACUGUGGAUAUUCUUUUAUUGAAGUUUAAAUACUUCGAGGAUUUCUUCGAUAGAUGUAUGGAUGAUCAAAUGACGAUAAUAACAAUAAUAGAAGAGCUAGGGGAUAUGAUAUAUGCCUAUUACCCGUGGCGAGGUGAGGAAUAUGAUAACUUCGUAGUACGAGUUAUAUGUAAAAUGCUUGACGAAGACUAUUUGUCGUCCUUCAUCUCCACCUAUUCCAUGUCAAGCGAAUCUUUUGAUUCUAAUCGAAAGGCAAUAAUGAAGAAUAUGAUUACAUUGACUUUUAAUGCAGACAUAAAGAAUAUUGAAAAAGUUGACAGAUGGUUGUGUAAGGUUUCUGAGGAAGGGCAAUUUUCUGGGAUUAAAGAUCUGGUUAGAUCAUGCUGCAUUUUUAUGAACGACAUCUUUCCGCCAGACUCAAAACAAGACGAGUUACUAUGGAACAUAUAUAAGAGAAAAUAUUUUCUACGGUCGGUACUAAAGUCAUUGGGGGGUUCCGAGCAGCUGAUUAAAACAAACGAGAGAUUCGACCAACAGCUACUUUGCUGUGGGCUGUUGAAGUCAGUUCACAUUCUUGAACUCCAGCAGCUAAACGACGAACUAAUUGAAUCAUUGAGAAUGAAGAGAGCUCCAAAGAUAACUCCUGUCAUUCUUAAACAAUCUAACAUCUCGGACUCGUUGGAUUCAUCCGAAAUUUCAGGACUCAUACUACCGGAACCAUUAAAUGGUAUGGUGAAUAAACAAUGGGAGUACUACAAGGUUUUAGAUAGGAAUGAUCACAAAACAAUGUCACUCCAGUGUCAGCUAAAUCUUCUGGAAUUGAAAAGCCCCUUUAGACAUGGAAUUUCUUCUGAAAUAGUGAUACUUCACGUUAACCUACUUCAAGCAUCAAUAUUUCACUUAUUUAAUAACAGUGCUCGUCUUUCACUUGAACAAAUAAAAAACACUUUGACAGAAACAAAGCACAAUAUACCUCAGAUUGACAGCAAUAUGGAAAUGUUUUUACAAAUGAACAUGUUUAAAAAGGAUUCUGAGGACUGUUUUUAUCUGAAUACUAAAUACAAACCCAAAAAGGAAGCUCUUAAUGAUGGUAAAUUGACACUGUACCAUCUUCCUAAAAUAUCGCCAAAAAUUAUGGAAAACGAUAAGGCAGAUAAUAGAUGGUUCACUGAAAUUGUCUGUGCAUGCAUUAUCAGGACGUUGAAACAAAGAAGAAAGUGUACAAAGACAAAACUUUUUGAAUAUGUCGCUUCUGCUUUCCCGGGUAUCAGCCGCGGAGAAUUCAAAGACGCGCUUGGGAGAUGCGGCGAAUACUAUACAUCGGAAAAUGGUAACGUACAAUACUUAUUAUAG